AUGCCGUUGCCGCCGACCGUCUGGUACAAAGACAAGCGGACUUUCCGGUUGGGCGACGUCUGCCGCUACCAGAUCAGGUUUACAAACAGAGACGCCCUGCGCACACACAUCUACUUCCGGGCCAAGAACAUCGAAAAGGCCGGGCUCCGGGCGUUCCACUUGGUCAACGGCCCGUUCAUCGUGUACUGCCACGUGAUCCCGUGCAACUACGACCCGCACGUGCGGUUUGUGCCCGAGUCGCCGGCCAACAACGAGGUGUGUUUCCGCAACGCGCUCAAGCCGGGCCAGACGUUCAACGUGCCGCUCUGCCUCAACGGCAACAGCCUCGAUCUGGUCAACGCGGACGGGCUGGCCACAUACGCGUGGUCAUGUGACGUCAUGUGCCUGAUCGUCUUGAACCGCCGGGCACAGCUCCUGUUCGUGGUGAUGGUGGGCGAGGACCUUCCCGAGAUGCGCCGGGCCUCGCGCUCCGCGUUGACCAGCUUGAGCAAGGGCGACUUUGCGUUUUCCGCCCGCGACGACGAGCCCACGGAUUCCGAGUGGGGCGUUCUGGCCCACGCCGGGCUCGAGGUGCUGUGUGCCGGCACCGACGCCCUCUGGCCCCGCCAGCCGAGGCUAGUGGGCCGGCCCGUGCACUUGGUGAUCGUAACCCACGGCAUUUUCCUGAACUUGACGGCCGACAUGUUGUAUCUCCGCGACAUGCUCCUGAGCCUCCGCCUGGACAACUACUUGGUGGACGGGUACCGCGGCAAUGCCGGCCAUACCGAGAGGGGCAUCCACCGGCUCGGGGCCGCGGUAGCCAACUACGUGGCGGGCCGCAUUGCCGAGCUCCGGGCCGAGGGCCACUGCGUGGCGAGACUCUCGUUCGUGGGCCACUCGCUCGGCGGGCCCGUGCAGUUGUAUGCGCUCAAGCACAUCUUGAGCACCCACGGCACGGACUACUUCGAGCGGCAGCACAUCCUGCUCGCCAACUUCGUGUGCUUGGCCAGCCCGAUGCUCGGCGUGCUCAGCGAAAUCAGCUUGUGGAUCUCGUGGUUCUUGGACUUGGGCACCUUGGGCAAGACGGGCCGCGACUUGACGCUUCUGAAGAAGCUUCCGACCAUCAAGCGGCGUGCGGGCUCGCGCUUCGGCAUGGUGCGGCCCGUGUUGGAGACGCUUCCGGACGAACCCGUGCAACUGGCCUUGAAGCUGUUUGGCCUGCGCGUCGUCUAUGCCAACGCCGUGAACGACGGCAUCGUGCCGUUGCGGACCAGCGCGUUGCUCUACUUGGACUGGGAGGCGCUUGGCGAUGUGCGGGACUUGAAGGACCGCCUGAAGCUGAUGGCCGGCGCUGACACCAGUGGAGCGUCGGAGCGCUCUUCUGGGGACACUGUUGAAGCUGGGGGCGUGGUCUCAGCCAGUGCCAACACGACCGCCAGCAACGUCGGCCAGAUACCGAGCGACUCGGCAAUCAACCUCCUGGAAAAGUACACCACCUUCCUCUCGCUGAUCUUCAACACCAACGGAGAGACACCGUCACACAAGAAAGGAAGGCGGCCCAAGCGCAUCAAAAAACGCAUCAAGCGAUAUGCCCGAAUCAGUGCCAAAGGCAGCGACAUUUCCGAAAGCGCACAGACGCAGACAGACACGGCGGACGACGAAAUCGGCGAGGCGGACGACGAAGUGAACUCAUUCAAUAUCCCUCCUAAAGCGUCUGCAGUCGAGUCGGCUUUCAACUCGCUCAUUUGCCCGAUUCCGUCACGGGACUACAUCGACGACCCGGAGACCCGGACGCCGGUGAUCUUUCACGAUAAGUUCUAUCAUUUUGACAACGUCCCAAAGAGUGAGAGCCAUACAGGCGCCAUCAGCAAGUUCUUCCGUUACUACGACUGGCGCAUGGACAAGCAGGUCAAAAUUGCCCGCAAGUACCACUCGCCUGACCUCAGCUGGCGGAAGGUUUUGGUAUAUCUUCCACCAGAUGCGCACAACAAUAUUGUUGUGCGGCGGCGCUUUGCCAACGGGUAUGGCUGGGGGGUGAUAGAGCAUCUCCGCCAGGAGAUCUUCGGUGGCGAGAAAGUGGCUGCCUGGUUCUGA